CGCCCGGUGACACAAAGCGAAUCCAAGAUGGCGGAGGCAGGCGCGGGGAGCUUGCACGGGGGGGACGCGGCGCUGCUGGGCUCGCCCGAGGAGCAGGAGCUGAGCCAGCGCCUCCGCCGCCUCUACCCCGCAGUCAACCAGGAGGAGACGCCGCUGCCGCGGUCCUGGAGCCCCAAGGACAAGUACAACUACAUCGGCCUCUCGCAGGGCAACCUGCGCGUCCACUACAAAGGUCACGGUAAAAAUCACAAAGAUGCUGCCUCAGUCAGGGCUACACACCCUAUACCUGCAGCCUGCGGCAUUUAUUACUUUGAAGUGAAGAUCGUCAGUAAAGGUAGAGAUGGGUACAUGGGAAUAGGACUUUCUGCUCAAGGGGUCAACAUGAACAGGCUUCCUGGGUGGGAUAAACAUUCGUACGGGUACCACGGUGACGAUGGGCACUCCUUCUGUUCUUCUGGGACAGGACAGCCCUAUGGCCCGACCUUCACCACUGGGGAUGUGAUUGGCUGCUGUGUUAACCUUAUCAACAAUACCUGCUUUUACACAAAAAAUGGCCACAGUUUAGGUAUAGCCUUUACAGACCUCCCCUCAAAUCUCUACCCGACAGUGGGUCUCCAGACGCCAGGAGAGAUCGUGGAUGCCAACUUUGGGCAGCAGCCCUUUGUGUUCGACAUUGAGGACUACAUGAGGGAGUGGCGAGCAAAGAUUCAGAGCACCAUUAAGCGGUUUCCCAUAGGAGACAGACUAGGCGAGUGGCAAGCCAUGCUGCAGAAUAUGGUUUCAUCCUAUUUGGUUCAUCACGGGUACUGUUCAACAGCAACUGCCUUUGCCAGAGUCACAGACACCACAAUCCAGGAAGAACAGACCUCAAUAAAGAACAGACAAAGAAUACAGAAGCUAGUAUUAGCAGGCAGAGUGGGAGAGGCUAUAGAAGCCACCCAGCAGCUCUAUCCUGGCCUCCUAGAACAUAACCCCAACCUGCUCUUCAUGUUAAAGUGUCGGCAGUUUGUGGAGAUGGUGAAUGGGACAGACAGUGAAGUACGUUGUUUCAGUGCCCGCAGCCCCAGAUCCCAGGACAGUUACCCCGGGUCCCCCAGCUUAAGUCCUAGACAUGGAUCAAGUAACUCACACAUUCAUAGUACCGGAGCAGAUAGUCCAACCUGUAGCAAUGGAGUCAUGUCCACAAAAAGCAAACAGAGUCACAGUAAAUACCCGACACUGACUUCAUCAUCUUCAUCUUCCUCCUCCUCCUCCCCCUCAUCUGUGAACUACUCUGAGUCCAAUUCUACAGAUUCUACCAAAUCUCAGCAGCACAGUAGUACGAGUAACCAAGAAACCAGUGACAGCGAGAUGGAAAUGGAGGCUGAGCACUACCCCAACGGAGUCCUGGAAAAUUCAUCCACCAGGAUAAUGAACGGCACCUACAAACAUGAAGAGAUCCUGCAGACAGAUGAAUCCAGCAUGGAAGACAGUUGCCCCCAGAGGCAGCUCUGUGGGGGGAACCACGCUGCCACGGAGAGAAUGAUCCAGUUUGGCCGGGAGCUGCAGAUGCUGAGCGAGCAGCUUUGCAGAGAGUACGGGAAGAACACAGUGCACAAAAAGAUGCUUCAGGACGCAUUUAGCUUGUUAGCUUACUCAGACCCUUGGAACUGCCCCGUCGGCCAACAGCUGGACCCAAUCCAGAGGGAACCUGUGUGUGCUGCUCUUAAUAGUGCUAUAUUGGAAUCUCAGAACCUGCCAAAGCAGCCCCCGCUGAUGCUUGCCCUGGGCCAGGCCUCGGAGUGUUUGCGGCUCAUGGCUCGCGUGGGCUUGGGCUCCUGCUCCUUUGCCAGAGUAGACGACUAUUUGCACUAGCCACCAGAGCAAGAUGGAGUUGACAUCGUUGAGUGCUGCCCUUCACCCUCCGUUGCUGCCACUACACCACCACCUCGUUCGAUAGCCCACCCCCCUGCCACCAACACCCUUCUAGCACACACACACACGCUGCUCGGGACAGGAGGGAGCCGGUCCCUCCCUGCGUGGCCGUUCCUGACCCCAGGAACCACUGGCAGAUCCUACCUGUCUCCCUGCCGUUGCUGCAGCUCCAGUGGCACUCAGUAUUUCGCUGGUUAAUUCUAAUGUAGCGCCUUCCGAUGUAGGGGUUUCUCUUUAUUUUGAUUUGAGUUGUUUCUCAAUGGAUCCACCAGUAUUUUAUCUGGAGAGUUCUGCUGAGCUGGUUUCUGCUGAUUUACUGAGGAAUCUCAUCAAGUUGGUAACAGCUUGUUCUUUCCUUCCCUUCUCCCUCCAUCAUGCACAUACAGCAUCAUCUUCUGUGCUAGUUAUCUGAACUCUUCUUGCAGUGGCAGUUCAGAGGGAUUUUUUUUUUAAUUUUAUUGGAAUCCUGUUUAUUAAAAAGGUCUCUUCCACCUCCACAAAGUCAUCGAUGUAUUUAUUGCCCACAGGCUCGAUCCCAGCCAUACACAUCGUGCAGCCCUGCAGGGAACCUGGUGAGGUAGGUCCAGUCAUGCGCUAACGAUGGGAAUUGGAGGAGCUUGGUCCUUCCUGGUGCUUGUCUCUUGAAGAGCACAAGGCUCUCAAACGCUUAUCUUUGUGAGUGGGAAGACUUGACAUUGCCUGUGUUAGUGGCUGCAGUGUAAAAGCAUCUCACAGCCCCGAGAAAUAGGUAAAUCCAGCUCUCACAGCAGCUAGAGGGACAGGACUGAGGGAUAGGAAGUCAUCUACCUCCAACUUGGUAGAAGCAGGUCGUGUCAGCCCGCAAGGAACAUCCGUGGGUGCUGCCUGUUGGGCUGUCAGUUUUUGUGUUAAAUCACAAAUCCCCCUUUUUUCUCCAUAUAGGAGGGCUCUGUCACUAAGACUCAUUAAUAGCAGUAUUUUACUGACCCCUCCAACGUCACACUGAUCUCAGUGAGCACUUCUGAAGCGUGGAAGUGUCUGGAGAACGCUAGUGUGAGGUGUGCUCACCCUGGUAGGGUGCACAUCGUGCUGAGGUGAGGUUGUGGAUUAGGGUCAGUACUACCUUUGUAAUGUCCAAGCCAGUCAGAAGGGAGCAGCAACGUGUUUUUAAGGAUGACUAAGAAAAUUAUUUUAAUUUCAGGCCCAAAAGCAAGCAGCAAGGGUCUGUGGGUGAGUAACCUCCACGUAAGAUGGAUUAAUGUGUCCUCCUGCAGAGUGUAUCAGGCCCAGGGACUCGAGCGCUGCUAAGCUUUUGGCAUUCAAACCAUCUGCUGAUGAGUGUCUCCCACCAUCUAUCUUUAACCAGCGAGGCUGUGCAGCAGCACCGUGUGCUCUGCAUCCUCUGCUGGACCCUGGGGAGACUUCAGGUUCGGUCUGGCUGCACAGGAGGUAUUAUAAUUCUGCACCAAAUGAAUUGUAGAUCAGUAGCUCUGAGCAGACCCCAGGAGAGCUCAGCCCCAACGUGGAUUUUACUGCUGUUCAUCAAUAGUGGUUGUUGGUUGGUUUUUUUUUUUGGAAGUCGCAAUGAAAGUUGAAGAGAUUGUGUUGAAGUUUGCCCUGAAAUUGGAGGUUAGCCUAUGCCAGGGCUUCAAGCAGCAGGAGAGCUUGUGUGCCACUGAAGAAAGGAAGGUGAUGUGUGACCUCUGUGCCCAGAGCUUGACCUCAAGCCCAGAGCUUGAAGGAUUUCCUGCAUUUUCAGGCUUGGUUUGCAGCUGAAAGGUGAGGUCUGAAAUCAAGGCAGGGCCCAGGGGGGCAGCUGUCCCCUGCGCUGCAGAAGUGGCAGUGAACGUGCAGUUGGUGCUGGAGGUGGCUGGGAACGCCUGUCACUGCCUUUUGGUGAAGGUGCCAGAGCUGUGGGGGCCUAAAACAGGCAACAUGAGGUUUAGAGAUGGAGGAGAUACUUUUAUUACAUCAACUCGUAGAGUUGAAAAAAGCAGGGGGAGCUCUGUGUACUGAAAUCUUUCUUCUUGGCCCGCAGAAGCGGAGGUCUGCACUAAGCAGAAGAAUUUAACUUGCAAAUCUGGGGCUUGUUUUUCAGUUCUGGGGAACAGCUCAUGUGCCCUAGAGUGGAGUUUCAACUCUGCUCAUGGUCCUAAGGAUGGAUAUUACCCCAGGCCACAGUCCUUACUUCCCCGUGAUUGCUGAGACGCUUUAACUCGGUGUUAAAAAAAAGUGUUGAAAGUGUUAGAACUUUAAACUUUAACACUUUAGCUAAACUUCCUUUUUGAAGCCUCUGAUGCUGGACCUGCUAAGCCAAGCCUGACCGGUCAUACCCAGUGCUGCUGCUGGACCUGUGGCAGCACAUGGACUUGUCCUGGUGGGAGAUUCUCCUGCAGGCUCUCCAUUUCUUACACCCAGGCUUCUGGCACACUGCUGGGCUGGUGGUGGGGACUUGGGUUGGAAAUAUUCUGGCACCUGGUUUUGCCUUUCACAUUUGGUGAUCUCCUCUGCUGUUGGUCACCGUUGGUGCGGUCUGGCUGUAGUCAGACCUGUCAUUCAUCUUCAUAGAAACACCAUCUUUAUCUCUUCCUGAGUUUUCUUCGUUCCUUCUCUUUGUGAUUCCUUUAGGUCAAGUCUCUUUGUCCUGUGUCGUAUUAACGCCCCACUUGGUCUCUCAGCAAAGCUGUGCUGACUAUCCUGGAGCAUUUUUUUGUUUUGGUUACCCCUUUGCUACAAACCCCCAAGAGAUGCUCCUAGAUACCUGGUUAUUCUGAUGCCCAGAAAUGCAUGAUGGGAUGGUCUCUCUAGCUUCUCAUGAAGACUAUCCCUCCGGUAGAAACCAUCUUGCUGUUGUAUCAAGGUUAGUGCUGAGAGGCCACACUCUUAAUGAUGAUUAAUUGCAUGUGGCAGGGCUUCCUGCCCCGACAACAUGCAUCACAUCAUGGCAGUAGAUCCCUGUAGACCAGACAGCAGUGGUGCUAUCCACUUCUUGCACUUGCCAGCUCUUGUGUUCUGCUUCUGGUUUUUGGGGAGUGCAAAGGCUCUGCUGUGACAUAUCUGUCCCAUACCCGUUUCACUAGUGGUUUCUGCAGGUUGUGCUCAGGUUCUGACUAACGUGGUCAUGGCUCAGUGUGGGGAAGAGAAAUGUGCUUGCUGUGUGGAGGUAUGGACUUCAGCCUGCCCUGGUUCCUAGAUGAGAUUUCUGACCUGAUUUUCCCAGGUUAUUGGUCAAAGCCUCUUGGUCUUUGAGUGUUCCUCUUAGAUGAUUCAUGUCAGGUAAGACUUGAUUUGAAUUGUUGCAGUCAUUUUAAAAAAGGAACAGAACUAAAUUUAAUUGAGUCUUGAACGUUGAGUGUGGUGGUACAUCUAACCAGAGGCUUCAUGCAGUUUAAAAGUUACUUUUGUAAGAGUGAUUUGCCUCAUGCUUUGCUCAGAAACAGAUGAGCUAAGAACAUCCCAAACUGAGAGCCUGCAUCACCUGGGCAGUCCCUCGCAGUGUCACUUCUUGGUGAUGGUGACAAGGUCUCAGCUGUGGCCCUGCGUUGUGAUGCUGACAGCAUGGGAUACAGGGCUUCCAUCACACGAGGCUGACGUGGGCUGCUCUCUGCUGGCCUCACUUCAGAUCCGAGAAGGUUUUCCAAACCACAGCCGGACACUGCUCCCAGGCAACGUUUCUCACUGUGCAGCCCCAGGAGAGGCUUUCUAGCUGUGGCAUCCUGCCUGGGACCUCUGGAAUGCUGCAGCUGUAACAACUAAACCUCUUUCCAGCUCUGCUGUGUCUAUACAGCCACACAAUCUGAGCUCUUAACUGCUCAGCCCAGCGUCACCACGAAAGAGGUGACAAGAGGUACCCUCCAGUUACGUACUCUGGACACCACCUGCCUUUCUCAAACUCGACAGAGCAGCAGGGGCUUCUCAGAAGGGUAGCAUUUCACAGGGACUUGGUGGAAACCUGCUUUCAAGGGUGGUGAACUGGACAUUGUGGGCUUUGGUUUUCAGCCCCAGUGCCCUUUGAAAACAGCAUUUUGGGAACUUCAGACCUAGAGACUUAGUUAAAGUGUCCUUCAGUCCUGCAGAGAGAGCUUCGUGGAGCUGAAUUCCAUCACCAGGCUUUUCUCCACAUGGACAAGGGUUCAUCGUGUCCCCACAAGCAGUGAGUGAGAGCAGUCCCAUAGACUGCUCUCUCUCACCUGGGAGAACUUUGGAGCGAGAUGAGGGAUUGACUUGGGAGUUGGAGGCAUUGGAAUAGCUGGAAUAAGUGUUUUUGGGAGCUGUAUCCACCUCAUACACUUUGUACUCCAGCCUCUGACCAUCUUAGUGGCCUCUGCUGGAUAUAGUGCAGUUUGUGAACAUCUCUCCUGUACCAGGGAGCAAAGUCUUGUUCCUCUUGGUUCCUCUUGUUCCAGGUGAUUCCUGUUGCUGCUUUACAAUCCUGUCCUAGAGGGUGUUUAACAAAAGCUGAUUGAAGACAUACAGGGUUCAGAGAGCUCCAAGUCAAGGUCUUCUGUGAUCAUGGAGGGCAGCAGGCUAUUUUCCAUGCAUCCUUAGGUGCGCGCUCAGAGCCUUGGAAAAAGAGCUACCAGGUCUCUUCUUGUUUCUUUGCUUCCCCCAGUCCCCAGUGUUCUCCCAUCUGUGUGACCACCAGAACUGGUAUCUGCAGUGUUUGACGCUGUGGGAGCUGCUUUGAGACCAGGGUCAGCUCCAUGGCCCGUGCCAGCAACGCGUUUGUCGAGCAUGGACAUGGCAACUCCAACUGCUUCUCCUGGGCUUGCUUCUGCUGCACUGGCCUAACGGGGCGAGAUCUGCAUGGGAUGAUCCCUUUUUGUCACCGUACAGGAUCCCAUCAGCCCACAACUGGGCUGGCUGUAGCACUUCUGCCAUUCUUUUGGAGUCUGGUUAGAAACUGAGGCUUUGCUUGUGGCCAGUGGAAUGGAGGGGGACCUCCAGAAUGAAGCACCGGGAACGCGGCAUCCAGCUGUUGGGGGGAGGUUGUCCACUGGCUGCUCUCCCUCCCCUCCAGCCCCCCACAUGGAAGGUGUGUGGUUAUUGGUGCUGGGAGUCUGUUUCUAUUUCCAGCAUCCUGGUGGUACUCACUGUGCCACCAGGGGACUUGGGCACCCGGAGGUGCAGCUGUGACUGAUGUGGAGAAUGACCCCCUUUGGGAGUAUCGUUCCUCGUGGUUGUGUACACCCAGGAUUUUCCCAUCUGCUUCCUUCUUUUUUCUGGUUUCUUACAGUGACAUCUCAACCUGUCCUCAAAGCCUCAAACCUGUCCUUAUUUUUCACAUGGUCUUAUUAAGGCAUCUUUACCAUCCUUUAAAUAGCUUUGUUCUUGAGGCUCCCUUGAGCAACUGGCACAGGCAGAGCUGCUGUAACCUCCUUAGGCAUCAGGAUGAUGAACUGUCUCCUUGGUGGUUUGCUGUGAUAUUGCUGUGUUUGGUACCAGUCUUUCUUACUGCUCACGUGUCGCUUAGGUGCAAGUUUCAGAGUUCCUUCUGGCAUCACGGGGUUGAUUGAGAAGGUGAACCGUGGUAGCCAGCCUUAUAGCAGUGGGUAAGUGCCAUGAAGCUGCAUGGUGUGCAACGUGGUAUGAGGAAGUUCUUUCCAUGAAGAAGCAGUGUGGUCCAUCACGCUUCAGUCUUGGGCACGGUGAGACCCCGUGGAACUGGUCACAGCAUGAGAGAAGGAACAUGUUCCUUGGCAAGGUGGUCCUGGUCCACCCAGGAGUCCCCGUUGCAGAAGGAGUGACUUGCUGGUGUUAGAGCAGCCUGAGUGGUGGAUCCAGGGGGAAGUAAGUCUCUUGUAGAGAGCUGGUGGUGCAUCUGCAGCUGUACAUCGCUGUCCCUAGGUAUUUCUGCAAAAGGGCUGGAUGGAGACAUGACAGAGACAUGACAUGUUCUGUGUACUGCUGGGACCCUUUAGCCCCAGAAGAAUUAGCAAUGGAGGGAACUGUAGUCCAGCAGCUCUUACUAAGAGCCAAAAGCUGGCUGUAAGCCGUGUCCCAUCUUCUGUCUAGAUCAGAGAGCUGGAGGAAGUGUUGGUGGGGUGAGUGUUGGGGGAGCUACAGCAGAUUUGGGGAGGAAAAGGGAGCAGUUGAGAGCCUGGAAACCUCUUCCAGAGGAAGCACAAGCUGCUCUCCACUGCUCAUCCCUGCAACAAGAGGUGGCAGGUGAUGGAUGAGCAAAAUGUGGCGUGUCUGUCCCUCUCCCUGCAUCCCACACCAGAGCUCAGAUACAGCCUUGAGCUGUAGCAGCACGGGGCAAGCCAAGGGUUCAUCCAGGCUUGAGGAGCACAUCUCCUGCCAGCUCUUUUAUUUCCAAGAGGGAGGCUUAACUCUUGCAGGGAGCUGAGUCCCGUGUGGGAUUUAUACUCGCACCACUGCAGAAACAUUCCUGGAGGCCACAUAGACCUCUCUGCUCCUUGUUGAACUUCCUCUGGCCAGGCAGACGCCUUUUCUCUGGUCGCUUCACUUGGGUCUGGGCUCAUGCUCUGACCCCUGCGCUUGGGAGGGCUUCAGCUCCAUCCCUGCUCCAGGAGGGACCACAAGGGGGUUUGCAGGCUGGGCUUCUCACAAGCUUUAACUUGGAGGAAGGAGAAGCAGCAGUAGCAGCUUUGGGGAUAACAAAGAUUUAAAAGAAAAUUUUCAAAAGACAAGUGUGGUGACUAUUCCAGACCAAGGACUCUGCACAGGCAUCUGAUGGGGAUUGUUUCCCUCGGUCCUACCUGUGCGUACUCUUCACGGCUCUCCAGCCCGGGGGGGCAGGAGGAGGAGGCUGCCAGCACCUGAAGCUCUUGCACGCGACACGUUGGGCGGUGCGAGCCCCAGGACCUGCCCACCACCCAGUUGACUCUCCUCUGGUGGUUGCUCAAAACUCAGGUAUGAAACGCUCAGCCAGAGCCUGGGGUGCGAGGUCUUUGCAGGUUCCCCAUCAGCCCUGGAGGAACGGCCACCGUGGGGCUGCGACAGAGCAGAUGUCUCCUCUGCCCCUCCAAGACUUCUCGUCACCUUUGGACAAGGCGGGAGGGUUUCUCUUUGGUACAACAUCGGCUAAAUGGACAUUACACAAAUCGUGCACAUUGGUUCAGUCUAAGCUUAGUAUUUGUGAAUUUAAGUUAUCUGACGCUUCGCAUGAAAACUUCAAAAAAGGGGAGGGGGGGAUUUUAACUGAGAAAAAGCCUAUGAAAAUAUACUGGAAAUAUGGUAAAGAAAUUGACGUUCUGCUGUAUAUUGACAGAAUUAUUUUUAUUAAAAUACACAUCCAUGUGCGAGAGCUC